UAUGACUCCCGCUUACGCUUCGUGUGCAGGGGUCAUAAUCAUAAUAAUGUUGUUAUACGUGCCUGCUCAGAGGUUUGGCAUGUCAACAUGCUGGUUAUGCAUGGCAGUUUGAAUUUUAACCCAAAUGCUUUGACUAGAAAACAAACAGGCCUUCUUGUCAUCAGGCUGCAAAACUGGUUUCUGAAGAUUAGCGAGCCUGUGCCAAAUAAGAGCUCCUCCAGAGCAGGUGCGCAGGGUUCAGACAGUACGAGACAGUACGUGCUCUAACUUGGUUUGUGCUUGGGACGCCGCUGAAAAUGACCAUCAAAAACUUUCAAAUUGAAUAUGACGCCAUCAACAGAAGGAAUACUUUUACAAAUGGAGAUACCAUCAACGGAAGGAUCAUCCUGGAAGUCAACAAGAAAACAAGGAUCCAGUCACUUGUUUUUAAGGCCAAAGGCAAAGCUAGCGCUUGUUGGACUCAACAUUACAGACAUGAUCCAAGUGAUGUUUGGUUUUCUGAUGAGAAAUAUUACAGUAUCAAAGAGGAUAUCUUAAAAGAAGCAAAAGAAAAUGGCAGUGAAGUCAUUGAAAAAGGACGACAUGUGUUCCCAUUCAGCUUCAAAAUACCCAAAGGAAAAAUACCAUCAUCUUUCUGGUCCGUCUUUGGCAAAGUUAUCCAUAAGCUGAAAGCAGAGCUUAAACAGCCAUUGAUGGUGACAAGAAAAGCUAAAAUUCACUUUACCUUUGUGUCCAAAGCAGACACAAGUAUCCCUGGACUCAUGGUUCCUCAACAUGUGCGCAAGGAAAAAAGCAUCGCUUUUAGUCCUGGAAGUGUUACAAUGGAUGCUUUUACUAUGAAGAAGGGAUAUUUACCAGGUGAGGACAUGAAGGUCAUUGUUAAAGUCAAUAACCACUCAACACGCUCAGUCCAGCCCAAAUUUGUGCUGUAUGAAAAGAGGAGCUUCUUCGGCCUAAAUCGGAGUAAAAUUGAAACGCGUGAGAUCCUCAGGGCAAAAGCUGAAGCUGUGCAUUCCUGCUCUGGCCUGACAACUGUGAAAAAGGUCAUGACCAUCCCUAAAGAACUACCUCCCUCCAUUUUAAAUUGCAAUCUCAUCAAGCUUGAGUACAAGCUGAAGAUCUACCUAGAUAUACUUUGUGCCUCGGACCCAGAGGUCAAAUUGUCUGUUGUCAUCCUACCUGAUGAGUCACCUGACAGUCUCCCACCUGCUUAUGAGAGCUUUGGAUUUGAAAACCAGCCAUCCCAGAGCAACACGCUUCAAGCUGAUAAUCCUCCACCAUCCUAUGACGUAUUUGAAACAUACCCACUGUUUCCAGCUACAGAAAAUCAGAUUGAGAUCUACAGACUCUCAGACCGUCAAUCCUCUACCAUCCUGUGAAGUACUUGCUGUGUACCCUCCUUUACUCCUACAGAAUGUUCAAAUUCAGUGUAAAUAUCUGUUUUAACAGGGAGUGCUUGUGCUUUUGCACCCCUAAAGCACUGACCAUUAUUAUUCAGCAGUUUUCUUACUGGUCAAAAGCUAUUGUCUCUAAUGUACUGGCAACACUUUUAUGCCAUAAAACAUGCCGUAAGCCCAAGUGGUAGGGUUCCCACAGUAAACUGUUCUAUGAUAAGAAACCAGACUAAGUACAUAAAGAGGAAAACCAAAGGAUUAUGAACCAAAGAACCAAGAUAAAGGAUACAUCUCCUUGGGAAUAGUGAUUUCAAGCUCGUUAGGAUAAAUAAUCCUAAUGUUUCCCAGCCACAUAAAUGGAUGACUAAAAUCUGCAACACUUCACUAUGGUGACAUGGUAUUAAUGAGAGGUCUGCAACCAAAAGAUCAAGGAAUUUCACCAGGAUAAAACAAUGAGAGAUGGCUGCAUAAACAUGAACAGAACCAUUCCAGAAAGCUGCUGCUGAACUGUAGUAUUACAUUCUGUAAAGAGCCAUUCUGAGGAGAUAUCAGUGAUCAAACAUUGUGCAUGAAUUUAUUAGUGUACAUCAAUAAUGUAUGCUAGACAUGUGAAAGUUUUGUAUAGUUUGUUGGAAUUACAUUAACUCUAAUAUAUCAGGCAUUUGUUUUUCUUGUGUGUAUGUUUUUGUAUCAUUAGAAAGAACAAGCUAGAUUUUUAUUAACAAUGUAUUUAGGCAUUUUUGCACGUUAUGUAUUUUGAUUUUCUAAACUGUGAUUCUGAUUUGUUUUUAUUUUUAACAGUAUUCAUAAAAAAAUUACACACAUACAGAGUGUCGUCCCACUGUUCAUUCGUUUAACCUAAUUUAUUCUGCAACGCUGCUGGCUUGAGUUACCCAGUGGAAAAUGACACCUGCAGACCGGAUCAUGUGAUCAUGUGAUCAUGUUCGUCACGGCUGCAGGUUUUCUGGACGUCUGCAGAUGCAGUCAUCCUCAUUCAACAAGGGGAGGCCUCACUUUAGCAACACAAACCCAAUCUGCGGGACGAUUAAAGAAUUCCAUUUUUACUCUUCUUCUUACAAUGUUUUAGAAGCUUGUUGAAGUCGCCUCGUGAUGACUGUGAAACAUUUCUCAGUGGAGUACGACAGGUUGAAUGAGCAAGGCACCUACUCUCCUGGGGACGUUCUUUCUGGAAAAGUGAUGGUGGUGACCAGCAAGGAGAUCAAAGUGCAGAGUUUUUUGGUCAGAGCUAAAGGAAAAGCUAAAGUCACUUGGUGUGAACAGGAAGGACAAACCCCAGCUGUCCGCAGCAACAAGAAAAAAUACUUUUACUUUGAACAAAUUAUUAUUCAGGAUAAAAACAAAGGAGAUGGUUUGUAGUAUUUUGCUAAAAAAAACAAUGCUGGAUAAUAUUUUGAUGUCUAAAACCAUCUUGUUGAAAGUCAUAAAAAUGUUAUUUUUUUAAGGUUCUGAAAUCAUGGGACCUGGAACAAAUGUGUAUCCUUUCAGCUUUGUUAUUCCAAAUAGGUAUGCGUUUUAAUCUGAUAUUUCCUGCCAAUGCCAAAGACAUAAAGUCAGUAAUGCUUUUGCUGGUGUUUCUGGGUGUGAGCUAGUCUGUGGCAUUAGAAAAUCAUUUCAUGAUCCAGAAGAUCUAUUUUAAUGAAACUCAUUCAAAUAGUAAUCAUUGUAUGUACAUCUAAAACUCUUGAUACAGCUUGCGAGAUCCCACAUUAUCAUGAGAUUGUGCAUGUGUCCAUGUUUAAGGUUCGAGCAGAAUGGUUACAACUUUGUCCUUUCCUAGCAUUUCCUAAUCUAAAACUCUGGUAUGAAAGGAGGCAGGUGAUCUUGCAUUCCUUCCAGGAACGUAAGGCUUUCAUUUAAAAAAAAAAAAUGCAUUGUUAUCACAAACUUUUGUCCUCACAGAGACAUGCCUUCAUCCUAUAAAGGAAAAUGGGGUGAGAUCACAUACAGUCUGAGAGCACGUCUGACCCAGUCCAUCUGGCUUGUACACAAAACCAAAACGGAAAUCCCUUUUCUGACCAAGUCUGAGUUUCCGUUUGCCUCCAAAUCGGAAAUGAUAAUCAUCGGCCUUAAGGAGCAACAGUCUGCAACCAGGAUUUCAUUUGCUGCCUCUGGAAAGGUUACAAUGACGGUGACCUCUGAAAAAAUGGGCUUAAAGCAAGGUGAGGCUAUGGGGGUCUUUGUGGAAGUGCUCAACGAAUCGGCCCGCUCAGUAACGCCCAAAUUCUACGUGUGUGAGAAGCAGACGUUUGUAGCUCAGUCGACAAAGCGAGUACACACAAGAGACAUCUUGUUUGGAACAGGAGACUCCGUUCCAGCUGAGAGCAGUUGCUCUCUAACCAAGGUUUUGAUUAUCCCUCCACAACUGCCCCCUACCUUCUUCAACUGCUGCAUGAUGAAGCUGGAGUACAGAAUCAAGGUCACACUUGAUGUUCCUCUUGUAAGAGACCAAGAAAUCAAACUCCCUCUGGUCAUCCUGAAGGGUUCACCAAAACCUCGUCAACAAAAACAGAAGAGAUCCAUUUGGUUCAGAAAACUUCCUGGUUAAAGGGAUUUAAAUUAUAUACAUGACUGUUUGUAAGAAUGCAGCAGGAUUUGAAUUUUAAGCAACUUCCUGCCUGCUUAUUUCAUCUGCGUUUCAAUAAAAGGACAUUUCUUGGGUGCUUUA